AUGUGCUGUGUGAACCUGUUGCAAAGAGUGAAAGACAUUGUGGAAAGAGAGAAGCAAAACAGGCAUGUCCACGAGUGUCAAUUUCAGGAGUUCUUGGUGUUCUUCUUUUCUGAGACCCGCUGCCGUCUUGAGGUUAGCCAUCUUUCAACCUGUGCUUGUUUGAGUGACAAAAGACUAUAUCCCACCUUCUUCAGAACUGUGCCAAGUGACCACUUCCAAAUAAUUGGUCUGGUGCAGCUUAUGAAAUAUUUUCACUGGCAAUGGGUUGGGAUUAUUCACUCUGAACAACUGUAUGCAGAGCAAGGGACAGCCGAAUUCACUAAUGAAGCAAUGAAAGUGGGCAUAUGUGUUGAAUACAGGCUACCUUUCUCUGAAACAUCUCAAAUCAUCUCAAAGUUGAAUGCUAUUGUAGAUAUGCUGAGGGAAUCCUCAUCAAAGGUGGUCCUCUUGUUUAUGUCCUUGUCCGUCACAAAAACGUUCCUGUCCACAAUGGAGAAUUAUAACAUAACUGGGAAGCAGUGGGUCGGCAGUGAGUCUUGGAUCACACAAGCAGACCUGGCGUCUGUUGAGAGAAAAAAUAUUCUACAGGGGGCAAUGGGCUUUGCCCUCCCUCAGGCAUCCAUACCAGGUCUUGGUGAAUUCUUACUUAGCUUGAAACCUUCUGAUGAACCACACAGUGAUAUAAUUAAAGCUAUGUGGGAGCAAUUCUUUGACUGCAGCUUUUCUCCAUCAAAUACCUCUGCUAUGUGCACUGGCACAGAGGAUCUCAGGACAGUGUCCAGUGACUACACAGAUGUGACACAUUUCAGGCCUGAGAAUAAUGUGUACAAAGCUGUGUACUUGGUGGCAUAUGCCCUUCAUGCACUACUGCAAUGUGAGAAUGGGUUUAAUCCCACAACAGGAAAGCCCUGUGUGAACAAAAGUGAAGUUCAGCCUAAGUUGGUGUUGGAACAUAUUAAGUAUGUGAACUUCACAACACAGAAUGGGGCCAAGGUUUUCUUUGAUGAAAAUGGAGAGUCAGUUGCCCAGUAUGACUUAGUUAACUGGCAGAUGAAAGAAGAUGGUUCUGCUGAGAUUGUGAAUAUUGGUCACUACGAUACCUCUUUCCCAGAUGGGAGACAUUUUAAACUAAAAGACAACACCAAAAUAGUUUGGGGAGGAAACAGUGAUCAGGUAAAGACAGUGUCUGUCUGCAGAGAACCAUGCCCACCAGGGACUCGUAAGGCCACAAACAAGUUCAUGCCUGUUUGCUGUUUUGACUGCUUUGAGUGCCCUGAGGGAACAAUAAGUAAUCAGACAAAUUCUCUAGACUGUUUGACCUGUCCGCCUGAAUUCUGGCCAAAUGAAAAGAAGGAUCAGUGUCUACCCAAACCUACUGAAUACCUGUCUUACAAAGAGGUCAUGGGGGCACUUUUAACCGGAUUUGGCUGUGUUGGUAUAUUUUUAUCCCUUCUGACAUUGAUUAUUUUUUUGACUCAUAAAGAAACUCCCAUUGUAAAAGCCAACAACUCUGAACUGAGCUUUUUGCUUCUCUUCUCAUUAAAACUGUGUUUCCUAUGUUCUCUGACCUUCAUCGGCCAGCCAUCCGAGUGGUCCUGCAUGCUGCGACACACAGCAUUUGGGAUCACCUUUGUCCUCUGUAUCUCUUGUGUUCUUGGCAAAACUAUAGUGGUUUUAAUGGCCUUCCGAGCAACACUUCCAGGCAGCAAUGUGAUGAAAUGGUUUGGUCCUACACAGCAGAGGCUCAGUGUUCUCACUUUCACCCUUAUUCAGAUUGUGAUUUGUAUCCUUUGGCUGACAAUCAGCCCUCCAUUUCCAAAGAUGAACACGAAGUACUAUAAAGAAAAGAUAAUCUUGGAGUGUGCACUGGGUUCAUCUGUUGGAUUCUGGGCUGUGUUGAGUUAUAAUGGUCUUCUUGCUCUUUUGUGCUUUAUACUAGCUUUUCUUGCCAGGAAGCUGCCAGACAGCUUUAAUGAAGCCAAACUGAUAACCUUUAGCAUGCUGAUAUUCUGUGCAGUCUGGAUCACAUUCAUCCCAGCAUAUGUCAGUUCUCCUGGCAAGUUUACUGUAGCUGUGGAGAUAUUUGCUAUCCUGGCAUCCAGCUUCGGUUUGCUGGCAUGCAUUUAUUUCCCAAAAUGUUAUAUUAUUAUCUUCAGACCAGAACAAAACUCAAAAAAGCAUAUGAUGAGGAAAAUACAACCAAUAACGCUUUAA